UCCCUCAGAGGCUCGUCCCUAACCUCCAGGCUGCAGCAGCACACACUCAUGUGAGACACAGCUGAGCUGAGAGAGGACCUAGACCCCGACGUGUCAUAGACGAGACCCCCUGUGCCCCCCUCCGGCCGGGAUCACAACAAGAAUUCACAAGGGGCAUUGAUGCAAUAAUGCUGAUGUUUGACCCAGUUCCUAUCAAGCAAGAGGCCAUUGAGCCCAUGUCAAUGUCAUAUCAACCACAUUACAUAGAGCCACUGAAGACAAAUGCUAAAUACAGUGUCAUUUACCCAACACCAAACAUGCUGCACAGUAAACUUUACCACGGUGCAGAAACAUUGUCUGGAUUCCAAAUGGAGCCAGUGGAUCUCACUACACACAAGAAGAAUUCACCUCCCUCCGCUGGAAGGUCUCCAUCUCCUCUCAAAUACUCGUCUCCCAAGAGAAGAAGUUCUCCAGUUUUAUUUAUGCCCUCAUCCAGUCCACCAUUGAAAAAGUUAACCCCAUCACCACCUGCUGUACCACCCUUCACAAUGCCAUUAACCCUUAACACAAUGUUGCCUGCAUUUCCAAGACAUGGGUAUAGGAACCAUGGACUUUUACCCAUAUUACAGCCGAUGGUUGUACAGCCUGUACCUUUCGUGUAUAGCCAUCAUCUUCAGCAUUCAAUCAUGGUACUAGCUGAUGAACUGGAGAAUCAAAGUAGCAAACACAUACCAGUGACAAUCCCCGACUGUUAUGAAAACCUUCCACUAAUAAAAAACAUCAAAGUUGAGCCUGGGACGGAUCAGCCUGUGACCGAAGUUUACCCUGAAGAGAUGUCACCUGGUAUCAGUACCCCUCCACAGGGAAUGUUCCAUGAACAUCACCCAUCAGUUAUAGUACACCCCGGAAAGAGGCCAUUACCCGUGGAAUCUCCAGAAACCCAGAGGAAGCGAAGAAUACACAGAUGUGACUAUGAUGGCUGCAAUAAAGUUUACACCAAAAGUUCCCAUUUAAAGGCACACAGGAGAACACAUACAGGGGAAAAACCUUAUCAGUGUACAUGGGAAGGAUGCACGUGGAAGUUUGCCCGCUCUGACGAACUGACUCGGCAUUUCCGUAAACACACUGGAAUCAAACCAUUUCAGUGUCCAGACUGUGACCGUAGCUUCUCCCGCUCGGACCACCUUGCCCUCCACAGAAAGAGACACAUGCUUGUCUGAACAGAUUAUUUUUUUUUUGUUCAUUUUUUGUACACACAAAAUUCUGGAUUCAGCUGGCCUGAAUCUAUACAAUUCCAUUCAGUAGAUUGUAUUCUCUUAACCUCAGUGUACUCGCCACGGGUCAGACCUAAGAAUGUGAACUUUUUUUUUUUUUUUUGUAAUACAGAGGCUUAGCAGUAACUUCCUGCUCUUAAUGACACCUCAGGAAAUACAGAAAACGGACAAUUUACUGCUUCACAUGUACUUUCAAGCCAUAUAUCUAUAUAAAAUAACUUAUACCUGUAUUUAAUUGUAAACACCAUGCCUAGUUUGCUUCGUCUUGCCACAUUCCUCACACUUGUUAGUGCUACAAUGUUAUACUUUUUUUUUAUUUUCUACUGUCCACGAUUAAAUACAUUUCCUAAAAGAAACAGCUAUGGAAAAGUAAGGUUUUUUUCAGGUCUUUGUAUUGUAUGCCAUGAUGCCUGAAUGCAAAAAGUGCACUUUUACAAAACAAAAAAAAAAUUUAAUGAAAAACACAGAUAUAUCUAAUUUUGUUGAAUAAUUUGUUUGGUUUGUAAUGCACAGUUAUUUGGGUCUAUACUCUUGGUCCGUGCCUUAAUCGAAAUAAAUUUUGAGGUUCUACCUGUUUUCUAAAUAGCCCAUGUAUCCAACAUAUCUAU